AUGUUAACAUGCACACAUUUUUUCAACGUCGGCGAGGUUUACACGCUGCACAUGUACUUCACUGCGGGACUGAAUCGACCAGAGCGGAUUGGCUUCUUUGUCGGUCAAUACAAUAAAACACCUAGGGAGUUGUACGGAGUAACUCGCUUGUCGCCGGACUACGCACACUACGCGUUUCCCUGCUUCCAAAACCCGCGUUACCGGACCCCUUUCAACAUUACCCUUGUGCACAAUCAAAAAUAUGUUGCCCUCAGCAAUAUGCCCGCUAUUAAGCUGACACCACAUGCGGAAAUCAAUGAUUAUGUUUGGACUACUUUCAUGCAGACACCGCCACUGCCAACUCACAUGGUCAUGUGGACUCUACACCGCCUUCAGAAAGUUGCAACGGGCGGCAAUGUGACUGUGUGGGCAAGACCGCACUUGACGGAGAAGCUAUCAAAGGCGGCGGAGUUAACCACAAAACUGCUCCGUAGCUAUGAAACCUUGCUCAACCGUCCGUUGUCAGGCAAAAUUGAUUGGGGCGGCAGUUACGAUCAUGUCGUCCUCCCUGAGUACACGGAUGUGGAUAGCAGCAAGGGUCUGUUGAUCUAUGGCGAGGGUGAGGUGACCUCAAGCGAUAAAGGACCAGAAGAUAUGCAGGCAAUGCUGGCCGAGCUCUUGGCUCGUCAGUGGAACGGAGUUCUGGUAGGCGCUGCGGAAUCGGAAACAUCCUAUGUCAGCGACGGCUUGAACUACUAUCUGGCACUCCAUGUAAUGGCCAUGGAGAACAAGGACACCCUCAAGAUGGCCCAUCUGCUGACAACCCGACUGGAUGUUAUGCAUUACGAUUCGCUAGACGACACGAUGGCACUCAAAACAGACUCGAGAUCAUCCAGACACCAGAAGCUGCGCAAGGAUAAGAUGUGCCUGCUCAUCCACAUGAUUAGUUCGGCCGUCGGCAAAAAGGUCUUCUUCGAGGGACUGCAAGACUUCUUUCACAAGUGGAGCGGGUCGGCUGCAACAACCAAGCAACUGUGGGAGCAGUUCCAAAAAGCGGGGCGCCGAGGUCACCAACUGCCCGCCGGCAUCGACUUGACCACCGUGAUGGACUCUUGGCUGAAUCAACCGGGAUACCCGCUGCUCACCGUCCUGCGCGACGAUCAGUCCAACACGGUGACCACCAUUCAGAGCCGCUAUUAUCAGGGUAAAUCCCCGCCUAAUGGCAAAGAAUGCUGGUGGCUGCCCGUCAUCUACAUCACCAAGAGUGUGGAGCUGUAUCAAGUUGAGUGGCUCGGUUGUGGGAAGAGGAACAAACCGAAUGAACUGAAGUUGACCAACGUCCCCAAACCGAACGAGUGGCUGCUGGUGAACACAGGGGCUGCAGCACCAGUGCGUGUCCUCUAUGACAUGGACAACUGGCAGCUGAUCAGUGAGGCACUGCUCCACGAUCACAACCAGAUUCCGGAGGCGGGGCGAGCCCAGUUGGUUGACGAUGCCCUCGCGUUGGCCUGGUCAGGUCAAAUGGAAUAUAACACCUCCAUAGGAGUUAUUAAGUACCUUAAAAGCGAGACCAGCGUUAGCGUUUGGCAAAUGGCAAUAAAGAAUUUCGAAAAAAUCCACAACAUCAUGAGAUUGAGUACUGGAUAUCGCAUCUUUAAGGUUUUCAUGCAGCAACUAGUUGAGCCUACUUUUAAAACAACAGUGAAAUCCCUUUCGUCGAAAGCCAGGACAAAUCCUGAAACACCGAGUGACCCUGAAUCAAAAUCAAGUGAAUCAGAGACAAACAACAAAUUGCCAGGAAUUAUUUACCGCUUGGCGUGCCAAUUUGAUAUUGAAGAUUGCGUAACCGAUGCACAAAACCUCUAUAAGUCGGCGAUAAAUCAAAAAUCCAGCUCCUCGAUUCCGGAGGACAUACGAGAAAUAGUCCUUUGCAGGGGUAUCCGUAACAAUUUGGAGAAGGAUUGGAUAACAGUGCGGGACAUGUACCUUGAAGCCACGGAGGAGAAGGAGAAGGGUAUCCUACUGCGCUCCCUCAGCUGCACCACGGAGUAUUGGGCUGUGCAGAAGUUGCUCAACUGGGCCCUCGACGAGAAUAAGGUUCCCAAAUCACUAGUCGUGGGUCUUUUUACCGCCGUAUUGAGAACCCCACUGGGUCAUCACCUGGGCACUCAGUUCUUGAAUGACCAAAUGGAGGAAAUCCUGCGCAGCUUUUCCAACAAGGAAGUCCAGGACAUUCUCACUCCGUUCAUUGACGAGGUGACCACCAAAGAUGAGUAUUACGCACUGAAAGCUGUUUUCAAAAACAAAAUGUCCUAUACGUUGUUCUCUAGCCUUUCCAACAUGUUGGAUCUUUCGUGGGACAAAGUUACUUGGCGGAAGAAACAGUAUUUGGAAUUUCUAAAAGCCAUUCGGAGUAAUACUCUAGAAGCCAAUCCCAAACCAGAAAACGAAUAAUGUGGGUUUUUAUAUCUCCAUUUGUGUUGGCCUUUAGAUUAUAACACUUUUUGUAACGACGCAAUAAAUCAUAUUAAAUAUCCAA